GAUUUUUCAAGUUUUACUCGCUUACCAAACUCACCGUAUAUUUUUAUGUUUUCGCAACACCAUCUUGGAAACUAGUUUGGUUUAGAUUUUUUUUCUAAUUUUUUUUACAGUUCAACAAAUAUUCUGAGUAAAGCAGUACGCUAAAUGAAUUCAAUGUAUGGCAGAAAGCAAUGAACUUGAAGAGGGAGAGAUCCAAGACGACGUUGAGAUCAUGAAAGUUGUUUCUCAUAUGAAACCCAGUUUUAAAAACAGAAGAAAAUAUUCUUCAUCCUGGGGUCAAACAAAUUUUCAGCCGAGAGUUAUUCAAAAUAAAAAUAUAACUAAAAGAACUGUUUUUAUAGGAAAGAAAAAUGAGAAUACUACAUUUAGGCAUAUCAAACCUUGUCUGAGUGUGAGAGACAAAGCAAGUGAAAAGAAAGGGUGUUUUGAUGAUAUGUUUAACCAUAAUGGUCUUGAAAGUGGCUAUGACCUUGAUGACUAUGAACUUCUGCUGAUCAGACACGAAUUAAUUCAGCAACAACUAAAGAAAUUGACAACUGAUGAUGGGCCUAUGAUUGUUUUAAGUGAAUAUGAAGCAGAGGCAGAAAAGCUUUUUGAAGAAACUCGUGUUAAAAAAUCAUUAGAAGAUGACAUUUCGUUAGGAAAGGAUGUUAUCCUUUUAUCAGAUUCCUCACAAAAUGAUGACAAUGAUGAAGAGCUUGAGUUGUUAAGAAAUAUUUUACUUUCGCAGGCAAAAAAGAAAAAUGAAAGUUUGCAAAAAAAAAGCUCUGCUGAGUUAACUAAUGACAUUUUACAAAAUGAAGUUCUACCAACUGAAGUAACAAAAGAUCUUGAAAGCACAUCAAAACUAAAUUGCUUGUUUGAUUCAUCAGAAAAACCAACAGAAGUUUUAGAUCAUUUAACAAAAUCAUCCGAUCAUAAUGGAGAAAUAAAAAUAUCUUGUUUAACUCCAUGCUUAGCUUUUGAAUCAAGUAAGGAAAAAUCAUUAAAAAAGUUUCGACAAAGAAGAGCUGAAAAUAAAAUAAGAAAAGAAAAGAAAAAAAUCAAAAGGUUCGACAAAAUACAAACUCGCUCACAAACUGCAGCUGCAGAAAAAGGGCUAAAAGAUCCAAGCUCACAAAUUAGGCUGAAGGUUCAAGUGAAAAGAAGAAAAAAAAAACGUGGUGGUAAAAGGUCUCGUUUUUUGGCUAUACGUGCUUUACACAAAGGCGAGUUAAAAAAAUGCUUACAUGACCAAAAAGAAGCUUCAAAAGAAGAUGAUUACAACAAUGUACCGAUGGAGAUUGAUGAUGAACCUUCUGCUUAUAUUGAUGGGUUUGCACCAUUACCCUUGAUUGAAACAACUGAGGUUCCCCCUCCUUUGCCAACUGCACCUCCAUCACCAUUAGAUUCAACAUUCAAACCAACAGUUGAUAUUGUUCCACAAUAUAUGACUAGCUCAAAUGUUUCAUGGAUGCCUGGAUAUGUUGAGAAUUUAUAUUGUGACAGUGAAUCAUUAGCAAUAGAUGAUAAAUCAAAUUUAAAAGACGAAGACAAAGAGGCAAAUAUAGAUCUUCCAGAUAAAGUAGAUGAGGAUGAAGUUUGGGCUCUUCGAGCUCAGGCAUUAAAAUCACUUGCUUGUAAAAGAGCUGCUAAAGUUAAAAAAAUGCAUAAAGAAGUUCGUCAAGAAAAAAAUCUCAAAUCAGAUAUUGAUCAAAAAGUAAAUGUUAACCCACAUCCAAAAGUUAUCUCUGUGUCUAAUGUAGUUGGUUUAACAAAUGUUGACUUUAAAAAAUAUAUGCCACCAAAGCAUGCUCCUGUAGUCAUACAACUAUCAAAAGAAGAUUUUGAAUCAGAUGAUGACAGUGAGCAAAAUAUUUCAAUUAAGACUUGUAAAAACUCAGAACUAGACCAGCUUUUUCAACAAGCAAGAACUGAAAGCAAGAAGCGAACAAGUUCCAUUGCAAAAUCUAGUGACGAGCUUUUGAUUAAAAAUGUAAAAACUUGUAUUGAGAAAUCUGUUGCAAAGAUGAGAAAACACAGUUCAAGUAUAGUGAAAGAUCAGCUGGCAUACAAAAAAUUGCAAAAAGUUAUAAACGAAAAGCGCUCAUCUUUCACAGCAAUCAAUGAUUCAGUGAAACAACUACAGGAUAAACUUCAGGCAGCUAUUCAAGAAAGAAAUCGUACAAAGAAAAUUCAUAAUGAUUUGCAUGCUCAAUUCAAGGUUGUCAAGGAGCGAUUGAAAGAAAAAAUAGCGAUUCGAAACAGUGUUGAUGAAAAUAUUCUUAAAGCAAAAAGUAUUAUUAGUAUCGCUACUGAAGAUUCAGUUAUUCUGAAUGAUAAAAUGAAGCAGAAUGUUGAAAGUUUGAUGAAUACUUUGACGUAUUUUUUAUCACAAGGAGAUUUGCCAAAACAAACAAAUUAUGCUGCAAAAGGGUAUACAUCUAAGUUUUCGACUCCCACAGCGCAUACUAGCGCUACAUCUACAAAUGAAAAAGCAUUACCUAACACUAAGAAUAAAAUGGAUUUGAAAAAACUUGAGUUGUUGUUAAGGAAGAAGUUAGAUACCCAUCAUCAAAAAAAUGUGUUUAACUUUAAUUCCGAAAUGUGUAAAACUUUAAUUCCGAAAGAAAAUAAAAGUUUGAUGUUAGAAGAUUCUAUCAAUAAAAAUAAAAGUAAUAAAGACCCACACAAGUCUACACACAAAGUUAUUGAACAAAGUAUUUCUAUAAAAGCUUUGCCUAAUAUCAAGUCAAUGGCAGAUCUAAAAGAAUUACAGGAAAAAAUCUUGCAAUUUACAGCAGAACCACCAAUCAAUUAUAUAGUUUUUUUUGACAAUUUAAUUGAUUUAUUAGAGUACAAUAGUUUUAUUGCACCUCCUGAAGUUGUUCCUAUUACUUAUAAGUGUUCAGCAAGCAGUGAUAGUGGUUUAAAAAAAUACAGAAGUAAUUUAUCUGAUUCUAAAUAUGGGAACUUUGAAUUGUUUUCUAAAUACAACAGUGUAUUGACAAACUUUAAAUCCUAUAGAUUAAGUCCUUAUUUUCGAACUCAGUCCAAAUACUCCUUACAAUCUGCUACAUUUUCAAAUCAAAUUAAUCCUUAUCAAGUUAUGUGUAAAUAUGAGGUUUUUGGUACUUGUAAUGACAAACUUUGUACAUGUUGGCACUUUAAAGAUAAAUGCUCCUUGGAUCAAAUAAAUUUGGUGAAAGAUUUAGUUUCUUAUGAACCCAGUAUGUUUGAUGCAGAUAAAGUUGCCAGCAAUGAAAAAAAGCAAUACCUUCUUUCAAUGUUUACUAAAAAAUUUUUAAGUCAAUACUCUGGUAAGAUAUCAUCAGAAGAACAACUUUUAAUCCUUUGGAAUCAGAUAAGACAGUUCAGGCGUUCUAAGAAAGAAGCCUCUUAUGAAUCAAUUAGUUUUAACUGCAGAAGUUGGUUCAUAGAUCAGAAUGUCAAAAGUCCUGAUAUUCAUGUUCAUCAUCAUUAUUUGAAAUCUUAUAAACCUGUUUACUUUUUAAAAAAAAAAUCUUCUAACUCACAAAAUAUGCAAUCAGAAUGUCAAGAAGUUCGAUAUUUUUCUGAAUCAUACAAUAGUUCAGAAAUGUUAGAGACUGCAAUUACUAAAGAUCCUGGCUCUGUUAAACUUUGGCUAUCUUUAGCAAAAUUACGGCUUCAGCAGGGUAAACCAGAUGACAUUGAAAAUAAACUAUCUAACAGGGAACAUGCUUUAAGUGUCCUUUCAAAUAGUUUAGAAGAAAAUCGUGACUCUGAAGAACUUUGGAUAGAAUAUUUAAAUUUAGUUGCAAAAAAUACUACAUCAGAAGAAUUGCGUGAGCUUUGUUAUCAAGCAGUCAUGUAUGCUGGCACUUACAAUGUAUGGUGGACUUGUUUAAAUUUGGAAUGUACUUAUUUAGGAAAACAAGAAAUAUGUACUGAAAUGAUUACAUUUAUUUAUGACAAUGAAACUAUAGAAAAUUUUUCGCAUUGUUUACUUGAGACAGUUCUUUACGCUGCGCAUCUUCUUAUUUGUCGUAAUAAAGCAAAAUUAGCUGUUGGGUACCUAGCAUCUGCUCUAGGAAGAGAAUCAUUUGAUAAUAGUUCUGAGAAACUUUAUUUGGAAGAUAUAACCUUAAAGUUAGGCAUAGAAGAUAAAGCCUUGCUCUGGAUAUGUUAUAUUUCAGUAAAAGUAUUUAAUGAAUUGCCAAAAAAUUUAUUUUUAAGUGAACAAAGUGAUUCCGGAAGAUUAGUUAAUAAAAACAAGUUUGUUUUGAAUUGGAAAUACAAAACAUUUGCAGUUUGCAAUGAAGAAAUACGUAACACUUUUUAUGAUGCAAUAAAAAGUUUUGGAAGUAUUUUUCUAAAACCUACUUUUAUUUUGCACGAGAAUUUGGUUGCUUUUGAAAUAUCAAUUGAUCAGCAAAAAAGGGCCACUCAAGUUUUGUGCAGCAUUGUAAAGGAAGAGCCAUGUUUUGUUGAAGGGUGGGUGUUACUGUUGUCAAUUCAUAUUAAACAUUCACCAACUGAUAUAAUAGUUAAACUGGCUGAGGAAGCAUUACACAGAUGUAAUCAUGAUGCUGAGAUUGUGUAUUUUUACUCUAGUUGGCUUUAUAAGGAGAACUUGCCAAAAUUGGCUUUAGAAAAACUAACCAAAUGUGUACAUAUGUAUUUCGAGUUAGCAAAUGAUGGUGAAGAUCUUCCUGAUGUCUUAUAUUUGUAUCAAAAGAUACUUGGACUUUCUAUUCCAUAUUCAAUUACUUUACCAACAUACAUUUCAAAGAUAUCUGAACAUCUGAUAUUUUAUUGCUGGAUGUGUUAUUGUCUUGUUUUGAAGAUCAAAAAUGUUUCUCCAACUUUGCAUAUUUUUUCCACUGCUGUGGAUGAAGCAUUUGAGUUUGCAGUUCAUCGUUAUACAUCUCGUCAGAAUACUAAGAAAUUGUGGCUUGCUUACAUCAAGCAUAAAUUAUGUUUUUUAAAUUCUUCACGUGAAAGCAAUGAUAAAUUUCCAGAUCUUCUUUAUCGAUGUUUGGCUUCUGUAGCAGCUAGUGAAGUUGCAGUUCAUAGUAUACACUGGAAAGAUUAUUCAUUUCAUAACAAGUUGUUGGAUUUGUGUCUGCCUUAUAUAAAUCUCGAUGCUCAUGCACAGUUUUUUCAAAAGACUCUCCAACUCAUGCCAGACAAUGUUUAUCAUGCAUUAAGAGUUUCCCAGUUUGAAUUUGAUCAAAAGAAUUAUAAUCAAGCACGUUUUAUUUGUGGGGCUGUUUUAGACGAUUUUCCAAAGUUUUUACCGUUAUGGCGCAUGGCCAUCCAAAUUGAGCUUAAAUGUGACAACAUCCAGGAGGCUCGUUGGUUGUUUGGCGAAGCUAUCAAGUCGUUGCCGUUUAUUUCGUUGCUAUGGAAAGAAUAUUUGAAGUUCGAGAUUACCAACGCAAAAGAUAGUGACAAACUCAACGAUGUUCUUGAUACGAUAUUAUCUAAAUGCAAAGAGAAUGGUAUAUAUUUAGUGGAUGAAUCAUGCGAUGAAAAUUUGUUUUCUUUCUUUGUGACGUGACAUUAGUGACUUUCUGAUUUCACUCUGAUGAAGCGAAAUUACGUUAAUUCCAACGAGGCGGUAUCACGUUAAUUCGAACAAGACAAUAUCACUAUUAGGUGAGGUAACACGCCUUGAACUGCGCUGUGAAUUAGCGGUAUUUGGUAAGGUACCUGCUCACACUCAUCUAAUAAACAUUUUAAGUUAUCGAAAAUGUUUGGCUGAAGAAGAUUAAAUGCUAUCCUUUAAUUCAAACAAAGGUCUAUUUAAUGGAUUUUUAGUAAAUUUUAUAUUUCGUUUUUAUCAUUUUUAUAAAUUAUAUGGGUAGUAUUGUAAAUAUGGAGUUCUCGUAACAACGAAAUAUUCUUACAAUUAAA